CUUCCGGGUCAUGGUUGCCAGGGGCUGGCGUCAUAAUUUUUCUGCAGUUCUGUUUUGAUUUUUAAUAGGACAAACAUGCAUUUUAAACUAGCUGAUGACAAGAUCUUAAGAUGAGAUGACCUGAUAGAAAUCAUGACAUCCAGUCUGCCUUAAAUAAUUUGUCUUUUGGGGGGAAUUACAAAAAUACAAGUUAGAUAUGUCUACUGCUGUUCAAACCAAUGUGUCUAGUUACAUGUACACACAGGUUGUCAAGAAUGGAAAGAAGAAAGGGAAGAAAAAGAAGAAACAAAAGUCCACACCAAUAUCUAUGACUAAAAGUGCUUCCACUGGCAGAAUCUCAAGUAAUCACAGUAAUGGACUAACAUCACUAAGUAGAUCUAACACCUCAGAGAAUCUCAAACUUCCUUCUAUUUCUAAAGAAUAUCCAUUAUCACCAAGAUUGACAACUCCUAUGAGGAUGCCUCCAGCUCUGAAUAGAGAAAUAUUACCCACUGCUUGUGAUCGUAGGAAGAAAAUGCCACUACUGAAUGCUAUAAAACCUGAAAAUGAGAAGUCUGAGAAAGAAAGGUUCUUUAGGGCUAAUUACAACUACAAUCCAUACUUCAUCUACAGAUUCCCUGCCCCACCAGAAGUACUAGAACGUAUAAGUACUCCUUCAGACAAACUCCUUAAUAUAGCUAUCUUGAUAAUGGAAAUUGCAAUAGAUCGUUAUGGGAGCUAUGAAGAAUUUGAAAACCAAACUGGAGGACCAGUUUUAGGAAGAUCUCAAAUAAUUACUCUAGUCAAAAAUUAUGUGAAACGAGAGAAUCUUGAAAAUGAAAUUAUGUUGAACUUAAGUGAAGACUUGCUGUCUCGUGGGUCAAUGACAAGAGUUAAAGGCAAACCAACACUUAAUGUUCGUAUUGUCAAUCUACGGCAAUUCUGGGUAGAAGGUCUACUCAGGCAUGAAAUUGGCACUCACUAUUUAAGGAGUAUGAAUAACAAGUUCCAACCGUGGAGUAAUUGGAAAGUGCGGACUGAGCUUGGUAUGGCUCCAAUGAAUCCCACAGAGGAAGGAUUAGCCUCACUACAUAGUGUCUUGUUAAGGAAAGAUCCAUGUUUAUGGAGAUGUGCACUAUUGUAUUAUACAGUGUAUAAAGCUGCACAUUUGUCUUUGAAAGAACUAUUUAUAGAUUUAGGGAAGUUUGUCAAUGAUCCACAAGUACGGUGGGACUAUUGUAUACGGGCAAAGAGAGGGCAAGCUGAUACAUCAAGACCAGGGGCUUUUUGUAAAGAUCAAGUCUAUCUAGAUGGAGCUUUACAGAUUUUGAAGAACAGACGCCAUUUAGACUUUCAUUCUUUGUUAAGAUAUGGGAAGAUUUCCUACAGAGAUAUAGACAUAAUAAGUGAUAUAGCUGAGUUAGAAUACACAAGAAUUCCAUCAUUUAUGGAGGAUCUUCAUACAUACAGGGGACACUUAGACAGAAUUUGUGAUGCUAAUGGCCUAACAGAUGAUAUUCUACUGAAAGUUUGAUUCAUUGGUGUUACUUUAUAUUUUUCUCUUUUUGUAAGAGUACUGCCAUUAGUGCAGACUAUCUUAUCAGAUCAAAUUUAAAGCUUUACUAUAUACAUGUACCUGUAUAAAAGAAAUCAGUAUUUAAAGCAAUGAAUUAAUUGUUGCUUUUUGUUGUUCCUUUUCAGGGUAAAAACAUUCAGAAAAUGGCUAAAAUUACAAAGUAGGCUAGUACCCUUUAGGAAGUGCCCAAUUUAUAGUGCCUGUAACAGGCCAUGAUUAAUGUUAAAAGUAUUUGUUUUGAAAAAGAAUGAAAAUUUUAUAUAAUUUUAAUUUUUGAAAAGUCAGUCUUUUAUUAUUUCUUAAGGUACAAUCUACUAAUUUGCAAUCUUCUUACUUUGUUUUGAUUACUCAAACCUUUUUAAAUAAAUAUAUCUAUUGAGUUUUCUACAUUUAAUUGUUAAAUUGACAAUAUUGAGCAAUUUUGACAAUCUCUAUUCUUUUGUUGUAUUUGACUAUCACCAUGUUUAUAAGUCUGUAAAACACUUUUCUUCAUUUACAGAAAAAUAUUUCAAAAUAAUAAAUUAUCUGUUAUUUUUUUCUUCUUGUCAUCUGAACUUUUAAUAGCAUAGCUAUUUGUAAUUUUGACAAUAUGUUAUUUUUGUAUUAAUAAAAGGCAUAGGGCCUUUAUUCUACCUCAUUCAGAUAAGUAUUAAACAUAAGAUCAUAUGUAAUAAAUUGUUUGAAUUAAAAAUAUUGCUGUUUGAUAGUUGUUACAAAAUAAAAAAAUAAUCAGCUUUACAGGUUAUUGUAGUGUAAGGGAGAUAAUCAGGUUUACAGGUUAUUGCAGUGUAAGGGAGAUAAUCAGGUUUACAGGUUAUUGUAGUGUAAGGGAGAUAAUCGUGUAUAUUUCAGAUAUUUUAGGUCUUAAAGGAUAUAACAUUAUUUCUGUUACUGAUAAAUGACAACAUUUUAUUCAAAGAUUUUAUAUGACAAUAAGAAAUGAGAAAAAUUAUGAAAUGAGUAUGUACAGAUUUCUAUUUUGAAUAAUUACAAAUAACUAGGAAAGGUCAGCUGCUGCAAAUGAAAUAAUGUGAAUUUUGACUACAUAAAAUAAAUUAUCCAUAGCAGGAGGCUAUAACUAGGAUUCUUGUGAUGAGCUUCUGGCUAUACUCAUUAUCAGUGAUUAUCUUCAUUUUCACCAAAUUUGCUCUCUGUAAGCAAGCAACUAAUGUAAACUGCAAUUUUUCAAAUGAUGAAAAUGUGGGUGAAGUAUUGGUGUUUAUUUAUUUUUUGAGUGGGUUUUAGGUUUAGGGUAAAAUGAUGAGUAUAUUUUGGUGUAUUAUAUGAGGUGAGGGACAUUAUAACAAUAUGUAAAGUUGUUCGUUGUGCUUUAUCAGUUGUUAUAGAUUUGUUGUUUUGUUAACAUAUGUUGAGGACAAUGCAUAAAGUGCAGCAAUCAGGUUUAUUUAUGUUUAUCUUAAGAAUCAGAAACUGUUAAAAAAAAAUGGUUGAAAUAUGUCAGCAGUAUAUGGUGGCAAAAAUAUCAAGGUGAACAAAUUGUAUAAUGAUUUUAUUCCAAUAGAGGAUAAUAAAAACUGUAAUGAAUUAAGAUAAUAUUGCAGAUUCAAAGAUCAGCAUGUUAUAACAUUUUUCUGGAUUCAAAUUUAUAUCAGUAUCUUUACUUGUUCUUUUCAAUAACUGCAGAAUAUAUCAGGUUUGCAAUUUUGAAAUACAUUGAAUAUUAGCAAUAAUCUGAACUAAAUAGACUUCUGUUUAUUUUAAAUGAAUGAUUUGAAAUAGAAAAGUACUACAUGUUACAAUGACAUUAAAGUGCUAUUUUUAAGAUUUUUUUUCACGUAAUAUUAUUUGAUUAUUUAUGGUAUAUAUGAAUAUAAGAUGCCAUAGUUGUUAUAUGAGUUGAAGUUGUUUUUUUGUGACAAUUGUUAAAUUUACACAUUGUUUGUUUUGUAGUAUGUGUUUUUGUGAUAAUAUUUUUUUGUAUGUUACCUUAUUGGCAGUCGGAGGUGCUGAUCUUUAGAUAUUGAAUAUCUAUAAAUAUAAAAUAAAUUAAUUUGCUUCUUUUUAAACUUACCCUUUGUAAGGUAUGGUCAGAGUUUAGGUUUUUUUUCAUUGUUUGAAGUUUGAACAUGUAUCAAAAUGUUUAAUUGUAAGAGCUGCAGAUUAAUUUUACAAAACUAACAAGAACAUUUCGGUACAAAUUACAAUUGAAGUAAGAUUUUGGAUUUGGUUUUGAAUUAAAGCUGAAAUUAAACUUUUGAUAUAUAAUUAGGUAUUUGGCAAUUGAAUAUACUUAUGAAACUAUGGACUAUUCACUGUUUACAUCAAGCCUAAUAUACUUCUUGUUAUGUUUUUUUAGACAUGCCUUAAUUGCCUUGUUUUAGUUAUUUAUUAUGAUUACAUAAUUUACAUUCUAUUAUUCUGUUUUUUUGUUUAGAAUUUUAUUUAUAUUCAAAAGAUUUUAAAGUAGAUAGAAAAUGUUGUUAAUUUUAUUUGAAUUGAUGAUGCCUUUUUAGAUUUUAAAUUUAAAGACAACAGAUAUCAAAAAGCCUUCAUUACUGUUAACCUAUUAUUUUUGGUACUUUCAUGAGUAGAAACAUAAUGCAAAUAUAAAUCAUUAGUGAACAUGUAAACUUGUACCUUUGCUUAUCUUAUUACAUCAAGUAAAUUUGAAAAUCACAAAAAUUAAAUCGUUGAGCAGCGAGCUAGAGAGGGCAAAAUGCAAAAUAAAGUUGGUUUACAGUAAAUGGAAUCUUUGGAAUAACAUUGGUUAAGAUUCUUUAAAUUAAAGUUACAAACUAAUAUAGAUAUAUAUGUAAAUUUUAACAUUCAUUCUUUUAUCUAACAUUUUAUCUUAUAUUGCAUUCCUUAACAGUUUCUUAACAGUUUCACAACAGUGUCUUUUGUAAGUAAUACUUAACAAGUUAUUUUUUUUUUUAAUUUUAUGAAUGAAGUCAGACUUUACAUUACUUUUAGUAUAAUAUAUGAAGGAUGGCGUAAUUUUGUUGUCAGUUUGCAAAUAUAAACUUGAUUUUUGGACUAUAACUUGAUCUCUUGAACUAGUUUUUACUUUUAUUUAUCAAGGAAGUCUUAGUUGUAGGGAAAAUAUAAGUAUGAUACUUUGUCCUUCCCAUUUGGUGUUUUCUAUUUUAAAAUCAAUUGUCUGUAAGAGGAAGUUUUAUAAAACAUAAAUUUAGAUAGAUAUUCUCAAUUUUAUAAGAAGAGUGUUACUUAAAACAAGAUUAUCGAUAGACUGUGAUUAUUAUGAAAUUUAUUUUUUGUAUUGUUUAAUUUUUUGUCUUGUUUUUAAUAUAUUAAAAUGUUUCUAAUAAACCUUUCAUACAAUGCA